UCGGAGAAGGGCCCCAAAGCCAAGAGUAUUGGAUAUAAUACAAAUUGGGAGCCCUACCUGACCUCUAGAGAAUGUGGACCGGAUAUAAGAUCUUAAUCUUUUCCUAUCUUACCACAGAAAUUUGGAUGGAGAAACAGUUAUCUCAAAGAGAAGGAACUGAUUUCACUAGGAAUCACACCAUUUUGGAAAGUCCUCGAUUCAAAAGAUCCACUUUCAAAGGACAAUACUGUAGAAAUUUUCGUUGUUGUGAGGAUAGAGAUGAUGACUGUGCCACUCAGUUCCAUGAGGCAAAUGCACUGUGUUACUGUGAUAAAUUCUGUGAAAGGGAAAAUUCUGAUUGCUGUCCUGAUUACAAGUCAUUUUGCCAUGAAGAGAAAGAAUGGCCUCCUCACACAAAACCUUGGUAUCCGGAAGGUUGCCUCAGAGAUGGCCAACCUUAUGAAGAAGGAUCAGUAAUUAAGGAAAACUGCAAUUCCUGCACAUGCUCAGGACAGCAAUGGAAAUGUUCCCAGCUUGUAUGCCUUGUUCAACCAGAACUAAUUGACGUGUCAAAAGGAGACUAUGGAUGGACAGCCCAGAACUACAGCCAAUUCUGGGGAAUGACUUUAGAAGAAGGUUUCAAGUAUCGUCUUGGCACCCUGCCACCUAGUCCCAUGCUUCUGAGUAUGAAUGAAGUGACAGCUUCUUUACCUGCAACAACUGACCUUCCAGAGUUUUUCAUUGCUUCUUAUAAAUGGCCUGGAUGGACUCAUGGCCCAUUGGAUCAAAAAAAUUGUGCUGCAUCAUGGGCAUUUUCUACUGCAAGUGUGGCAGCUGACCGAAUAGCAAUUCAGUCCAAAGGUCGAUACACAGCUAAUCUAUCCCCUCAGAAUUUGAUCUCUUGCUGUCCCAAGAACCGUCACGGAUGCAAUAGUGGAAGCAUCGAUAGGGCUUGGUGGUUCCUGAGAAAACGUGGACUGGUAUCCCAUGCAUGCUAUCCACUUUUCAAGAACCAAAAUGCUACCAAUCAUGGUUGUGCCAUGGCGAGUAGGUCUGAUGGGCGGGGAAAACGGCAUGCCACAAAGCCAUGUCCCAACAACAUUGAGAAAUCAAACAGGAUCUACCAAUGUUCUCCCCCAUACAGAGUCUCUUCCAAUGAAACUGAGAUAAUGAAAGAAAUCAUGCAAAAUGGACCAGUUCAAGCCAUAAUGCAAGUCCAUGAGGAUUUCUUCCAUUAUAAGACAGGGAUAUAUAGACAUAUUACCAAAAAAGCAAAUGAAGAAUCAGGAAAAUAUCGAAAGCUUCAGACACAUGCCGUCAAACUCACUGGAUGGGGCACACUGAAAGGGGCACAAGGACGGAAAGAAAAAUUUUGGAUUGCUGCCAAUUCCUGGGGAAAGUCAUGGGGAGAGAAUGGCUAUUUCAGGAUUCUUCGAGGAGUAAAUGAAUCUGACAUUGAAAAGUUGAUUGUCGCAGCUUGGGGCCAACUGACAAGUUCAGAUGAACCAUAACAUAUCAUUAAAUUUCCAUAAGGCCAUGCACUUAAGUAACCCCUUAAAUUGAAAUUAAGCAAAGUAAGGUUCUCUGUGACAGUGGAAUCUUUGUCUCUCCACAUUGUUAUUAUAAUGUGCCUAUUUUCUUGUUUCACCCCAGGCUCCCUGCUUCUGCUUCCUUCAUAUCACUAAGUAUAUAAAAACACUAACAGAGGACAGCAGAGUAGCUAAAUGGCUUUAAGGUUCUCUGGCUGUCUUUUUCUUUCUCUCAAGAUAGUAUUCUUUUUGACUUUGAUAGUUCACAAAAGUGUAACAGUGCUUGUCUUAAAAAUUCAUGGUAUUCCUUUGUAGAAAUGAAGUAGUUUCUGUCUUUAACAAAUGAGGAUUUCAGACCAAAAAAAGCAAUGGAAAUACCAAUUUACCAUUUUCAUGAUUUUGUUUUCAGGCAAAUAGUGCUGUCUUUAUUCAAAUCUUGCUGAUAAUUUGCCAAAAGCAAUGGAAAUAGAUUAAUUGUUUCUCUCAAAAA